AUGACGCCGCUCAAACUCCUCCGAACCAUCCGCUACAGCACUCCCCCAGCACUUCCAAUACGGACCUUUCACAAUACAUCUAUCUUCCUGGCGAAAGCUCUCCCUCCUCGGCCGAAGCCCCCGCCUGAAUCUGAGAUCGAAGAGUCCUAUGUCAAAGGCAGCGGUCCUGGUGGACAAAAGAUUAAUAAAACCAAUUCCGCAGUUCAGCUGAAACACAUACCCACUGGCAUCGUCGUCAAGUCUCAGGCAACCCGUUCGAGAGACCAGAACCGGAAGCAUGCCCGUGAAUUACUCGCGCAACGUGUUGAUGAACUUCGCAACGGGGAUCAGAGUCGAUCGGCUAUUGUCGGCAAGGUAAAGCAAAAGAAAGCUGCAAGUGCUUCGAAAAAGAGUCGUAGGAAGUACAAGAAACUCGAGGAAGAGAGGGCCGCUACGGCUGCUGAAGUUGAAGCGCAGUCAGACACAACUCCCGCUUCUGCAGAGGGACGUGAUCCAACCACAGACGACGCAAACAAUUACCAGACUUCUCAACCCCUAGACACCACAAGUAAAGCGCCGUAA